CGACAGCCGAUGAUGAUACGCGCGAGCCGCGAGACCCGCGCCCGGCGCCCGCCGUCAGUCCUAUAGAGGCUCUGCUACGCAGCGCUACCCUCGUCGACGACCGUUCUCUACGUCUCUACGUCGAUAUUUCAGUGGGAUCCAAUUACGAUAUUGUGCCGUAGAUAUAAACAGUGUAUGUGCGUAUUCGGGAAUUUGCAGCUCAGUGACCUAUAACGACUCCACCAUUUUGAGUUAAAAGUCGCCGGUCUUUUCUAGCAGGUCGCAACGAUGACGUUAACGAGAAACUGUGCAAGUGGAUUGUGGGUGGUACUGUUAACGGCGACUUUAGCGAUAUCAGUUUUUGGCGAUGCCGGGGUGGGACUGUUCAAUGCCCGACUCAAACAAGUCGUAACUUCCAGCACGCUGAAGUGGGCUAACAUGAAGAAAGAAGCUAUGAGCAACUACGUCGUCGGCGCCGAUUCUCAACAAGGACCCAUAUACCUGUGUCGCGCCCGACACGAAGGUGAUAUGCUACUCGGACAGCUUCGACCGGAUUAUACCUCCUGUGCUGUGUCUGGAACCAAGGCAUACAAUGUUUUCGAAGUGCUGGAAAACAUAGAAAAUGCUUCUCUUAUAAUAUGGAAACCCUGGUACAAAUUUAAUGCAAAACCGAGUGCUGCGGUAGUCGUCGACCCCUCGGUGGACUCCGUUUUUGUGGGCAGAGUUAAAGCAGAGGAAGGAUUCUCUCACAACAUUGGGAGAAUAAUAUACGAAAGUACAGUGGGACAGUUGAUAACGUUCGAUGAAAAAAAUAAUGAACUCAGUGUAGAGCAAGGAGAGAUCCUCGUUGAAAUUGAACCGGUCAGCUAUAAAAUGCAUAACGUCGAGUUGGAUUUAUCAACUGAACAUGUCAGACAAGCUGAUCCGCAAAUACUAGAGGAACGUGUCCUAAGAAACGACGAGGAAGUUGCCGCUACCGUGACUACUGAAAUAGAAUACAAAUUCAAUUAUACUUUAUCUUGGGGACACGGCCACGGGAUAGCUACCGGGUUGAAUACUAGCAUAGAGAUGGUAGACGGAACCGUUUACCAAAUAGAGUGGGCUAAUCCUAUAAUGGAGGUAAAGAAAGAAUUGUUUAAGUUGGAGAAACACCUCGAACCGGGAACCGCUUGCAAUGUCACGUUCAGAGGGAACAACACCGACAGAGAUGUACAAUACACCGCCAAGGUGCAAACCUUCUACAAGGAGGAUAACGUCAGGUCGAGACAAAUGCGAGGAGAACGGAUCGAAAACACUCUGGAAGUGGAGGCUAUUUAUGGUGAAAUUUACUACACCGUUAACAACACACUCGUGCCGACUACUACAACGACCACUACGACCACCACGACCACAACCACCACCACCACACCGGAGCCUCCACCGCCGUCGGUAGUAGAAACAAACGACGUUGGAAUGAUAAUGGACAGCAAUGAUAUUUUAGGGGACAGCAGUGAGGAGGACGUGGUCAAAGAAUCCCCCGCUAAAGAAGACAAUAUCGACCGCGCCGUCGUCGGCGGACUCGGCAGCAAACCCAACGGUCCAAACAGCGCCAGUAUUAAAAUCGUGUCUUACACUAUUUGCGUACCCCUGAUUGCACUUUUACGUUAAAAAUUACCAGUUUACGUCUAUUUUUGUUGUAAAUAAAAAUAAAUGACAUUAAUGUUGCUAAAUGUUACUAUAAUAUGUGUUAUGGCCGUAUAGCUUCAUUCUGUUGAGUAUUCAAUGAGAAAAUUAAAAAGUUUCUCAACAAAUAAUGUAAAUACUAACAUUCCUGUUAUUAUAUACUUUCAUUCCAAUUGUAUAGAUGUGGAGCCAAAACACAUGAUGUAUAUAGAUAUUGUAUAUUGUAGAUAAGAAUCGGUCGCACAGCGACCACUCCUUUCCUUAUCAAAAUAGGAAAGUAUUGUUAUUAAUAAUAAUAAUUCGAUAUUAAAGUAAUAAAGUAUGGCGCUGUUACCGUAUAAUGUUGCCCAGUUUCAGUAUUUUUCAAAAUAACAAUCUACAUCUAGAAAUAAUUUAAUAUGCUAAUAUUUUUUUUUAUAUUCUUCGAAAUGAGAAUAGUAUAAUGAAUUUGCCUAAAAUAGUAGCACGGUUACGAUAAUAUUAUUUGUUAUAAAUUUUGAAAAUUGAAUCUCAUAACAUAGUGAAGACUGGUACAUGUAUCUGAUAAUUAUGUGAUAACAAUUCAAAUCAUCAUUCAUCAUUUUAAACAAGAAUCUCUGGUUCUACUUUCUCAUAAUUGACAUUCUUCCUUAUGAACUGGAGUAUAAUCUGUAAAAUAAACUUUUCAGUACCUCGUAGUCCUAUUUUAGAUUUUAAUUCGUUUUUGUUGAUUUAGUUAUACUUUUGAAGAGUUUAAAUCCAGAAUUAAUGAUAUUACUAUUAGAAUAUUUUGUAAUGAUAUUUGAUCGCCUUUUAUUUAUUUUUAAGUUAGUUUGUGAGCCUGAUCUGCAGCUAGUGUUUAGGAUUUUUUAUUUUUAACAAUUUCUUUUUUCGAAAACUAAACAAAUGCGACCCCGUUAUUCCUUUGAUAAGAAGAGGCCAUUAUAAGUACAUUAAAGUUCUACGACAAAUAUAACAGACUAAUUAUAUAUUAUCUCAUCUCAUCCGAAAAGUGUCUAAAACAGUAUAUUUCCAAGCCAUCGUAGAAGUUAAACGUGUCCAAUAUCUCUCGCUAUAAGAUAUAUCCAUAGAUAGCCAAAUAUAAAAUUAGUAUCAGAAUAGAUGUUAAAUACAGAUUUAGAUGUUUGAAAUGCUUAGUGGUUUGUGAAUGUAAAAGAAUGAUAUUUUUGUAUGGGCAAUCAUGAUCGCCUUAGAUGUUAUGAUGCCCUUAAGAUCUAUAUUUUUUCUAUACUAGCAUAGGAAAUGGAAUGAUACGAUGGCUUCGCAACAAUGAAACUCAUCGAUACCGUAUAAAAGUAUAAUCCUGCAUUUCAUUGUGGAUCAGUUUGGCAAGAUGAUGUUGCGAGCUUCCCGUAUAAUUCCUGCGUUAUAUUAUAUUAUGUUACAGUAUUUACUAUGGAUAUUGUGUUCUAAUCCUCUUAUUUCAUUUGUAAAUCUAUUAUCCCACCUAGUUUAACGAUGUAGAGUAAGAUUAGAUGUUUAUUCCAGAUUAUUUUAAAAGAUGUAUAACUUAUUACUUGUGGAACAAUCUCACUUUGCUAAGUAUAGAUUGCUAAAAUUAUGAAUGUUCGAUUGGAUUUAACUUGUAUAAUAAUAAUAAUCAUUCGAGGCAAUAUAAAAGCUUUUACUACGCUUGAAAUUUCAAUCACUGUAUUAAAUAAUAAAUUCGGUUGUUCAAAUGAAGUAGCUUGUUCGACCUUUAAAUAUCCUUUGCAAAGCAUUAUUGUGAUGUUCAAUGUAAUUAUUAUAUUUCAGUUUUAUUAAAGUGUAACUUAAACUGUGCCUACUCAUUUCCGAAUCCAUUCAACAUAAGAUUAAAGUAUG